AUGAAGGAACGGUCGCUGGGGUCGAAGUUGCACGAAGCAGCGAUCGGUGAUUCGUCUGUUGAAGCCCUUUGGAAGAUGUACUCCUCGGCGAGAGCCUCUUUACCAAAUCGUGAACGAAUGGACAAUUUGACUUGGAGAAUGCUGGGGAUGAGAGUGGUUUGUAGAGAACCCGAGGUGAAUAUAGUGAAGGAUGAACCUAUGUGUGUGGAUCCGGUUUUAGUAGAGCCUGGACAGCAACAAUGGGACGGUGGAUUUGAUUUCGAUGUGAUGGAUCCAUUGGAAGAUCAUGUACUUUCAUAUUCAUCUCCUGCGCUUGUCAGUGAAACGAGUGAAUCGAUGAUGAAUUCUGAGGUACUAGGGGGUCAAAGUUCAAACUUCUUGGAUUUGUUCUUACCCUCUGAGCCAGUUCAGGAGCCUCCACCUUUGCCAUCUAGAUUGGUCAAGAAAACAGGUCAAAGGAGGAGCAGUUCUGGUGUGAAGAAGAGGCCAAAUUUAAGAAACAACUCAACGACUUCUCUCACAUCGCUUAAUGAACCAGGGGAUUCAAAUCGGGAUACUCGAUGCUCUAACUGUAACACACGAACUACACCCUUGUGGAGGCGGGAUCCCGCGGGGAAUCCACUCUGUAAUGCGUGUGGUUUGUUCCUAAAACUUCAUGGAGUGGUAAGACCACUAUCGCUCAAGACCGAUGUGAUCAAAAAACGUCAAAGGAAUGUCAAAUCGUGUAGUCCCAAACCUGAAGAUGUUAAGUUGAAAAGAAAUAUCACUUCGAGAAGAUCAACUACACAACUGCGAAAGACGUCCUCGAAUUCUCCUGUCCCACAACUGGCAUCCGUGCAUCAAUCUACAACAGAGGUAGAUACUGAUACAGACGAUAGACCGCUAGAACGGGAUUUCGAUGUUUUGCAACCCACUCAAUUGUCACUGCUCUAUGACACCGAUGCAUCUACACACCUGAACAGCGAGUCGCCAGCCAAUCAGGCCCCCCAGGGAACCAACGGGGCCACUAAUUGGGAAUGGCUGAGUCUCAGUCUGUAA